AUGACAUGCAGAAAAUGGGAAGGGAGCCGCAGCAAGGUGUCUGAAGAUUCCGAUUUCGGAGCUAAACCACCUAGUUCUUGGGUUUGUCCACACCAAUUUAGAGACACUCACGUGUUUUCUUCAACGAAGCAGCAGCGACUAAGCUGGACCAACGGUGGAGAAACGAGAAUCCAUUCCCAUUUCGAAGACUCCGGAGUGAUUGUUGCGGAGGAGGAGGCGGAGUUAGUGGCGGUGCUCCGGGAGGCUCAUCCGUACGUGAAUUUACAUAGAGACAACAAAUUUGUCGUUUUGUUGUCGGCUGAACUACUUGACUCUGGUUCGACCCUCGACGGUAUUCUCAAGAUGACGGAGCGAGGAGCUUUGGUGGUUUCUUCCUCUACCUGCUACGUCCCAUUCCGAUAUCCUCUUACAAGAAAGGGUUUUUCUUUCCGGCGGACGAAGAAGCUAAGCCCUAAUCGUCAAUUGAUGAAUCCUCAAGUUUCUGCGUCUUCUCCGUUACCGGUAAUUGUGAAAUGCAAUGGUUUCGAUUACGCGGAAAGUGCUGAGAAUCAUGUCGGCGAUAAGCAGUUUGUGCGGUGGUUCCGUGAAGCCUGGCCGUAUUUAUGGGCUCAUCGUGGCUGCACCUUCGUCGUUGUCAUCCUCGGAGAGAUUCUAUCGGGUCCUUACUGUGAUCCAGACAUAGCAUUUCUUCAUCAUCUGGGGAUUAAGUUUGUUCUAGUUCCUGGAACUCAAGUGCAAAUCGACCAGCUUCUAGCCGAGAGAGGACGCGAGCCUACUUAUGUGGGUCGUUACAGAGUCACAGACUCAGCAUCUCUGCAAGCUGCCAAGGAAGCCGCGGGAGCGAUAUCGGUAAUGAUCGAGGCCAAACUAUCUCCGGGACCUUCCAUUUGCAAUAUACGCCGACAUGGUGAUAGUAGUCGUUUGCACGAAAUUGGCGUUAGGGUCGACACUGGUAACUUCUUUGCAGCAAAGAGAAGAGGUGUUGUUGAUGGUGUUGAUUUUGGAUCAACUGGUGAAGUGAAGAAAAUAGAUGUGGAUCGGAUCCGUGAGAGGCUCGAUAGUGGUUCUGUAGUUUUAUUGAGGAACUUGGGCCAUUCCAGCUCCGGAGAAGUCUUGAACUGCAAUACCUAUGAGGUUGCAACAGCUUGUGCUUUAGCUAUAGGAGCAGAUAAGCUCAUCUGCAUAAUGGACGGUCCGAUUCUUGAUGAGAAUGGGCAUCUUGUUCGCUUCUUGACUCUUCAGGAAGCAGAUACGUUGGUCAGAAAACGAGCACAGCAAAGCGAGAUAGCUGCGAAUUACGUUAAGGCUGUUGGAGAUGGAGGAGGCAUAAGUAGUUUUCCUGAACCUCUUGGUUACAAUGGGAUGGUGACGACUCCCAGCAAUCAUAAUGGGAGACAGCUUUUGGAAAAACACACUCCGACUUUUCAAAAUGGUGUUGGAUUCGACAACGGAAACGGGUUGUGGUCAGGAGAGCAAGGCUUUGCGAUAGGCGGUGAAGAGAGGCUUAGCCGCUUGUACGGAUAUCUCUCUGAACUGGCUGCAGCAGCGUUCGUCUGCAGAGUGAGUCCCUUUGACCUAACCCUUGUGCUUCUGUUUGAUUACUACUUCCAAGGUGGUGUCAAAAGAGUUCACUUGUUGGAUGGUACCAUAAGCGGAGUGCUAUUGUUGGAGCUUUUCAAAAGAGAUGGUAUGGGGACUAUGGUGGCAAGUGAUGUAUACGAAGGAACACGAGAGGCGAAAGUGGAAGAUCUUACUGGAAUUAGACAAAUAAUCAAACCCUUGGAGGAAUCUGGGGCAUUGGUUCGUAGAACUGAUGAGGAGUUACUGCGAGCUUUGGAUUCGUUUGUGGUUGUGGAAAGAGAAGGACAGAUAAUAGCUUGUGCGGCUUUGUUCCCUUUCUUUGAAGACAAAUGUGGAGAAGUUGCAGCUAUUGCAGUCGCAUCAGAUUGUCGUGGACAGGGCCAAGGAGAUAAACUGCUCGAUUACGUUGAGAAGAAAGCUUCAGCUCUCGGACUCGAGAUGCUUUUUCUGCUGACGACGAGAACCGCGGAUUGGUUCGUGAGACGAGGGUUUCAGGAAUGUUCCAUCGAGAUGAUACCAGAAGCAAGACGAGAAAGAAUCAAUCUUUCGAGGAGAUCAAAGUAUUACAUGAAGAAGUUAUUGCCAGACAGGAGUGGGAUUUCAGUUGUUCGAACAUUUCAGUACGGUUCUUGAGAGUUCUUUGUAAAUUAGAGAAGCAAUUCUCAAAAUUUGGUUUUAAGGCUUAUAUGUACAUCUUCCAAAACGUUUUGAUAGUUUAUUAACUUAUUAUAAAUAUAUCAAUUAGCUUAAACAACACAAUCUAUAAACAAGUUGAGUAUACUUAAGGAUUGGCUUCAAGUGUAUUAGGGGGAGAUGGCUGAGUGUAGAUGUAAUCAAUGUGUGCGUCCGACGUCGUUUUCAUCAAGCAUUCCUCUGUUUCACACUUCUUCUCCAUCUCCUCCUUCUAACUGCAUGCGCUUUAGGAGGAUGCCUCUGUGUAUAGAUGUAAUCGAUAUUAGCAUCCGAAGUCGAUUUCAUCAAACAUUCAUCUGUUUCACACUUAUUAUCCUUCUCCUUCAUACAAUUAACACUGGAGUCUGGACGAGCCGACGAAGUAAUAACCAUGAAGCUAAGUAUAAGUGCUGCGACGAUUAUGAUGUUAGUCUUUGACAUAGUUUCUUCUUCUUCUUUGAAAUUUUUUUCUCUCUUUUUUUUAAUGUUUUUUGUGAUAUAUAUUGAGUGAGAUAAUGCAGGAGAAGAGUCA